CUCUUGGCUGUAAAAAAACAAAAGAAAAAAAAAAAAAAAAACCGGAAAAGCUUUUCCGGGAAACCGAUUCCAUGUUGGAAAUCUCAGCUUCGCUAGAAAAGAAAAACUUUUCCGGGGGCGCCGCCACCGGAAACCGGGAGAGCGAGGAGGGUGGUGGGUCGGUGUCGGUUGGGUCUGGAGAGGAGGAGAGAGUGGGAGGCGAUGAGGGUGACCGGAACUGGGCCGGUAACCGGUGGCCGAGACAAGAGACUCUGGCUUUGCUCAAGAUAAGGUCUGACAUGGACGAUGCCUUCAAGGAGUCCAGCACCAAGGCUCCUCUCUGGGAAGAGGUUUCCAGGAAAUUAGGGGAGCUUGGAUAUAAUCGAGGCGCCAAGAAAUGCAAGGAGAAGUUUGAGAACAUAUACAAGUACCAUAGGAGGACCAAAGAGGUCCGGUCGAGCCGACCCAAUGGGAAGACUUAUCGGUUUUUUGAGCAAUUGGAGGCUUUAGAUAGCCACACCCCAGAGAACGUUGAGGCUUCUUUGCAGCAAACAGCGGCGGUGGGAAGGAGAAUGGAGCCAACGAAUGUUAUUCAGAAUGCAAUCCCACAUUCUGUCAUUCGAAAUCCAGAUUGGAAUUUUGUGGAGAAUUCUACUCCGACCACGUCCUCAUCUAGUAAAGAAUUGGAAGGCAUGGGAAGGAAGAAGAGGAAGUUGGGGGAGUAUUUUGAGGGAUUGAUGAAGGAAGUGAUGGAGAAGCAAGAGAAUUUGCAAAGGAAGUUUAUAGAGGCAUUGGAGAAGUGUGAGCAAGAUCGAAUGGCGAGAGAAGAGGCGUGGAAGAUGCAAGAAUUGGAUAGGAUUAAGAGAGAGCGUGAACUUUUGGCUCAAGAAAGAUCGAUUACAGCGGCAAAGGAUGCUGCAGUGCUUGCCUUCUUGAAGAAGUUUUCUGAGCAAUCAAGCUCGAUGCAAUUGCCGGAGGAGGCACUAAUGUUCGCAAUGCCUAUGGAGAAAGUUGUGGACAGGCAAGAAAAUGGUAAUGGUGGAGAUGUUAUGGGCACGCAAGACAAGCAGAAUGGUGGAGAUGUUUUGGACAAGCAAGAAGAUAACAAUGGUGGGAAUAAUUUGGAGAAUCAAGAAAAUUACAAUUAUGGAAAUUCUAUUCAGAUGAGCUCGGCUCGAUGGCCUAAAGAUGAAGUUGAUGCUUUGAUUGACUUGAGGACUAAACUUGAUUUUCAGUAUCAAGAAAAUGGUCCUAAAUCACCUCUAUGGGAAGUGAUAUCAGUUGCAAUGAAAAAGCUCGGUUAUGAUCGGAGUGCAAAGAAAUGCAAAGAGAAGUGGGAGAAUAUAAACAAGUACUUCAAGAAGGUGAAAGAGAGCAAUAAAAAAAGGCCCGAGGACUCAAAGACGUGUCCUUAUUUUCACCAGCUUGAUGCUUUAUAUAGUGGUAGGACUAAGAAGGGUGAAAAUUCAGUUAAUCCUGGGUAUGAGUUGAAGCCUGAGGAGCUUUUGAUGCAUAUGAUGAGUGGACAAGAAGACCAACAAAACACAGAAUUGGUAAUGGAGGAUGGUGAGACACAGAAUAUUAAUCAAAUUCAAGGAGAUAAGGAGGAUGAAGAUGCCGAUGCCGAUGCCUAUCGGGUUGUAGCAAGUGAUCCUUCUUCAAUGGCAAAUGUGGGCUAAAGUUAUUGCUGAGGGAAACUUUUUCUGAUAGCUGAAGUGGGUGUUGCUGAUUAUUGAGAAGUGGACUAAGGUUAGGACUAAUGCUAUUCUUCACGCUAGAUUUUCACACUGGUUGAUGUAUCAUGUUUUAAAUGACUUUUUAUGUUAGUCACUUAAAAAAAAUUUAAGUAUUAGCCUUGUAAAACAUGACACAUUAAUCGGUGUGAAACUUUUGUGAAAAUCUAGUAUGAAGAGUAACAUUACUUUAAAGUUGUCAUUGCUGAGGGUACCCCCACAGAUGUAUGGGUGGGAUUGUGGUUGCUCAGAAAUUCAUUGUGAUACAAUAUGAAUGCAUCAUAUGGGAAAUGGCAUGUUCUUCAUGUAGAAUAUAUGUUCAUCAUCAUUUGUUGAUAAAAAAUGAGAGAGAAUAAAAUGAGGAGGCUCAUGUGUAAUUAA